AUGAUCGAAGUCCCAGAAGACAAUCGUUCUAGCCAAACAAAGCGUAAGAAUACUGAAAAAAAUUGUAAUGAACUGAUGGUUGAUGAAAAGAUGGAUGACGAUUCGUCGCCCAGAGAUGAAAUGAAAGAUAAAUUAAAGGGAACAAAAUCAUUGAUUAUUCGUAAGUCUGAGCUAAUGGCUAAAAAGUAUGAUACUUGGCAAUUAAAAGCUAUAUUCCUGUUUUCUGCAUUCAUUUGCACUUUCGCUUAUGGAUUAGAUAGCAGCAUAAGGGGUACAUAUAUGACCUACGCAAUGAACUCGUACUCCGCACAUUCUCUCAUUUCUACAGUAAGCGUCAUAGUUCUAAUGAUAUCUGCUGUUUCACAGGUGAUCUUUGGAGGGUUAUCAGAUAUCUUUGGAAGGCUAACGUUGUUUCUUGUAUCCAUUGUACUUUACAUUGUGGGUACAAUAAUUCAAUCUCAAGCAUAUGAUGUCCAGAGGUAUGCUGCUGGAGCUGUCUUUUAUUAUGUGGGACUUGUCGGUGUUAUGCUACAGGUUGUUUUGAUGUUGUCUGAUAAUUCUUCAUUAAAAUGGAGGCUAUUUUACACAUUGAUACCUUCAUGGCCCUCGAUUAUCACUACGUGGGUCUCAGGUAGUGUAGUGGAGGCAGCAAACCCGUUAGAGAACUGGUCGUGGAAUAUUGCUAUGUGGGCGUUCAUUUUCCCUCUAUGCUGUAUCCCAUUGAUUUUGUGUAUGCUCCAUAUGAGAUGGAAAGUAAGAAAUGACGUGGAAUGGAAAGAAUUACAGGAUGAAAAAUCGUACUAUCAAACGCACGGAUUAGUACAAAUGCUGGUACAGUUGUUCUGGAAGCUAGAUGUUGUCGGUGUGUUGUUGUUUACUGCUGGUGUUGGUUGUAUUCUUGUACCACUCACUCUUGCUGGUGGCGUCUCUACAAAUUGGAGAAAUUCAAAGAUUAUCGGGCCCUUUGUGCUUGGCUUUGUCCUGGUUCCAGGCUUCAUAUAUUGGGAAAGUCGACUUGCUUUGGUUCCUUUCGCUCCAUUCAAGCUGCUAAAAGAUCGUGGCGUGUGGGCCCCAUUGGGAAUUAUGUUUUUUAUCUGCUUUGUAUAUCAAAUGGCUGCUGGGUAUCUCUACACCAUUCUAGUAGUUGCGGUAGAUGAGAGCGCUUCCUCAGCUACAAGAAUAAUAAACUUAUACUCUUUUGUGACUGCUGUUGUUGCUCCAUUUCUGGGGCUCAUCGUUACGAGAUCAUCUAGAUUGAAGUCGUAUAUUAUUUUUGGUGGCUCACUUUAUUUCAUUACUAUGGGACUAUUUUACCGCUACAGGUCAGGUCAAGACGCCGAUGGAGGUAUAAUUGCUGGUAUGGUUAUUUGGGGUCUCAGUAGUUGUUUAUUCGAUUAUCCUACAAUUGUUUCUAUUCAGUCGGUAACAUCCCAUGAGAAUAUGGCUACUGUCACAGCAUUAAACUAUACAGUUUUCAGAAUAGGUGGAGCAGUUGCAGCUGCCAUUUCCGGUGCCAUAUGGACGCAGUCAUUGUACCCUAAAUUAUUGCACUACAUGGGAGACGCUGACCUGGCUACAGCAGCAUAUGGCUCACCACUAACUUUUAUUCUUUCCAAUCCCUGGGGUACUCCAGUUAGGUCUGCGAUGGUUGAAGCUUACAGACACGUUCAAAAAUACGAAGUUAUUGUUGCGCUUGUAUUUUCAGCGCCUAUGUUCCUUCUAACAUUCUGCGUAAGAGAUCCUCGGUUGACUGAAGAUUUUGCCCAAAAGUUACCUGACAGAGAAUAUGUCCAAACCAAGGAAGAUGAUCCUAUCAAUGACUGGAUCGCGAAACGUUUUGCAAAGGCCUUAGGCAGGUCAUAA